GGAGCACCUUUGUGGCUAAAAUAAAGUGCCUUGGAGUUGGGGGAAUCAACUAAUUGCUUAAGGGGAGCCUGGGUCUCCCUUGCCCACCCUAACUCUGAAUUUCAAAACUUUUUAUCUGUUUAGAGAAUGGAAGAAGAAACACGGAAAGAGAAAGAGGUAGAAACGAGAAAGGAAGAGGACGCUGCCCUCAUUGCUUUCUACAGCUCCUUCAAGGACCUCUUUGAGUUCUUUUGCUUGAACACCACCAUCCAUGGCACCAUCCGGCUGGUCUGCUCGAGUCGGAACAAGAUGAAGACGGCCUUCUGGACCCUUCUCUUCCUCGCCAGCUUUGCCAUGCUGUAUUGGCAAUUUGGGCUCCUCUUCAACCAGUACUGGCAAUACCCAGUGGUCUUGUCAAUUUCUGUCAAAUCACAUCAAACGAUGUUUCCUGCCAUCACCCUCUGCAAUCUGAAUCCGUACAGGGUCAAUCAAGUCAGCAAAAAUAUGGCUGAGCUGGAUAAUCUGGCCAGGGAAACCCUGCACAACCUAUAUCCCUUCAGCAUCCCGGCGACCACUCUGGAAGACAAUUCCAGCGUCAGUCUGGAGAACUGGACAAGCAGUGCGGUCAACGGCUCCAGCUUCAAGCUAGAUGACGACAUUGCUCUAGUGAGAAUGGGCGAUGGCAAAGUGGGCUUCCGGCUGUGUAACCAAACGGGUGGAGACUGCUACACCAAGAUGUUCUCCUCCGGGGUUGACGCUUUCCAGGAAUGGUACCGUUUCCACUACAUGAACAUCAUGUCCCAGAUCCCACCCAUCAUUGACAUCUCCAAGGAUAACGACCACAUCAACGACCUGGUCUACGCUUGCCAGUAUGACGGAUUGCCUUGCAAAGCUAGUGAAACAGAUCACUUUCAUCACCCCGUCUAUGGAAGUUGUUACACUUUUAAUAAAGGUGGGACAGAUGAGUUCUGGAAAGCUUUGAAGCCUGGAAUUGUUUACGGUCUCUCCCUUAUCCUCAAAGUGGAGCAAAAGGACCACAUCCCGCUGCUGUCCACCAAGGCAGGCGUGAGGGUGAUGAUCCACAGCCACAACCAGACCGCGUUCUUAGAGCACGAGGGGUUUGAUAUUCGGCCGGGGAUUCAAACCACCAUCGGGAUCACACAGGACGAGGUGACUCGCUUAGGCGGCAAUUAUGGCACAUGUACAAAGGACGGAGAUGAUGUGGCUGUCAAGCUCAUAUACAACAGCACAUACACGCAGCAGGCUUGCUUGCAUUCAUGCUUCCAGAGGAAAAUGAUUAAAGAAUGUGGUUGUGGGUACUAUUACUACCCACUGCCUCCAAGCACGGAGUACUGCAACUAUAACAAGCAUCCUAAUUGGGGUCAUUGCUUCUAUCGCCUGUACAAUCGUGUGUACAGUCAGGAGGCCACUCAUACCGAAUCCUGUUUUGACAAAUGCCACAGACCAUGCAAAGAGACUUGGUACAAACUUUCAGCAGGAUAUGCAAAGUGGCCCUCGACCAAAUCUGAGAAAUGGAUUCACAAAGCUUUGGAAGCCCAGAACAGAUACAAUGUCACCGGCGACGGAAAAGAUAUUGCCAAGGUGAACAUUUAUUAUGAGCGACUAAACUACAAUUCUUGGGAUGAAUCUGCUGAAUAUACAGAAUCCCAGAUGAUGUCCAACAUGGGAAGCAACUGGAGUCUCUGGUUUGGGUCAUCGGUGCUGUCAGUGGUGGAGCUGCUGGAGUUCCUCGUGGAUGCCGCCAUCUUGUCUCUCAUCUUCCUCUACCGUCAGUUCACGGCCAAGAGGACGCAUAAGGUGUCUCGACCUCCAAACAUCCCGAGCAUAAGCUUGACUUUGGAGAAGUACCGCUGUGUGGAAGAAGGCCUGGCCAGCACCCAGGAUUUGGCAAAAACUUACGCCUGCGAUGGCAAUGCCAUCCCCUGCCAAGACACAAAGUAUAGAAUGCACCAGAUGCCUGAGCUCUACCCAAGUGUGGUGCUGAAUGGAUUCAAGCGCCGGAAAGAGCAUAGCAUAGAUAUGCGCCUCAACAGCUAAUGGUAUCCAAAGAGAAUGGAUCUUGGAGAACUACAAACCUACCUUCACACCCUUGAAGAAGAGCUGCUUCUGUGGGGAAUUGUGGCCAGUACAGUUGUGACUGCUGACCCAGAAAUGCUGGCUCAGAAGUGCUGGACUGAUGGGGCCCAGCCUCCAAGAGGAGACUGAGUUUGUGACUUUUCUGUUCUGAACCUCCUCGGACAGUUCUGUGGCAAACAAGAUGGAGCCCAGGGAAGCGAGGUUUUCCACCCCGCAACUCGGGAUCAGAUUUGCAACCCGUUCCGUUAAUGAGGAAGAUGUCUGAACAAAGCCUCAUACAGAACUGGGAUUGACUUGAAGACCCCUUUCCCCCCUCAUGUUAUUUAUUCCACGGUAUUCUUUUCAGAGAUGACUGACCUGUGGC